AAAUCAUUAAUGCGUUUCUUCUCUGCAAUUGUCCUCGCCGUCGUUGCUGCAGUAGCAUCAUCGAUCUCUGCCAUGCCCGCUGACGCGGCUGGCGCCAAAGAUUGUCCCAGGUUUUGCUUUUUUGACUCGCAAUGCGCGGCCUGCCCUACUGCAUGGCAGAUCUAUUUUAUAUGUUUAGUGAGUCGUGCUUCUGGGCACAUUGGUGCAGUAUGGCUGUUGGCACUGGCUCAAACGCGCGAGUUAUUAGUGAUAUGUAGAAUUGAUCAACGCGCAUCAGGAAGACAUCAGCCCACUUACAGGGCCAGCUCUUUGCAAUGAAGACAUUAAGUUAUGGUGCUGCCAGAUAUCCAAGUUGCAGGUGAAUACCACAAACUGGUCAUAAUACCGGACAGUAAACAGGUGCAUAGUACAUGGAGUAAUAGCUCGAGACAGCAAGCUACCGUUGAUCAUCGCAUUUGACCUUUUUUCUGAUAUGGAACUGAAACGUGUUUUUCUGCAUCGUAAUCUACGUACUUACUUGAUAUGAAACUUGAAGCUUGAGAGUUUAGCACCUCAGGCCUCAAGUUUGAGGCGCCAGGCUCUUACAUGGCUGUUGGCUGUUGAACGUUAACGUUGAACUAGGGUCUUGAUUGACUCCGAGUCAGACUUGGAUCU